UCCCACUCAGCAGCAUCAGCACAAUUCCUUGAGCGGUCAUCCAAGUGCCGCUAGUCUCGGUUCAUCAGGUAUGACAUCCAAUAUGCUUCUUUCAAAAGUAUUGCAUUCGGUUCCGAGUUACAACUCAGUCGGCUCAACCUUGUCUUCAUCGAAUAGGAACGACAGGAUGGAUUUUCGCGGUUCCUCUGGGUCUCUCCUUGCGAAUACAGGGCAACAUGGCAGCUGUGCUUCGUUUUUAUGAUGCUGGUCGUGGACAACACAGAAUUUAAAAAAGAUAAUUUGAAGAUUGUUUGAGGUAUAAAUAUCUAUGUAUUUUGUUCCCUGCGUGCUGAAGAUUUUCCCGACGACUAACUUAAACUUAUCCUUGGCUCCAUUCAUUUCCAGCUCCCUUUGCGUCUCCCACCCCUGCUGGCGCGACUGCCGCUGCAAGCGAUGUUGGUGCUUUUUUCAGCUCGAACUCCAUUUCAUCCUUUUGCAACGGGCUGAGAACUAGCACUUCUGGUAGUAGUAAUCUUGAUCUUCUGAACAAUCAGAAUCAACAAGUUCAAGUUCAACAACAAGAGAUGCCAAGGACUAGUACUGCUGCUAGCAGUAUCGGUAGCAACCUCCACAACAACAUCGCGCUAAGUGGUCCUAACCAGGUUAGUUCUAGUUGGG